AGAUGCUGUUUGUGAUGUGGAUGAUCUCGGCAACACUUCUUCAAAUAACUUCCGGCCAGUACAGUCUAAGCCGUGGCCGGACAUUAUCUGCUUCCGCACAGCAUGCUGAGCGCGGCCAGCCCUUCAGCUCAGCUUAUAUCCAAAACGCCGACUACAACGACCAGGGUCAGUAUCUUGCUGAUGCAUACCAAGAGCAGGGGAAGUAUGCCACAGGAAAUAAUCCUAUUCUCUAUUCUCGACCCAUCCUUACCCGUGGCAAAACCAGCCAUCCUAAACAUAAUGAAUAUAAAAUCCCUGCCAAGCCAGCCACUCCGGUGUACAGGCCGCAGUCUACCGAACACAAACGCGACCCGACUCACCGCCCCGCUGAGGCAUCGAACAGCCCCCUUCCUUCGGGCUACAAAAAUGUGGCCAACAUCGCCUUCGCUGGCAUUCCAGAAGUCUUCGACGGCGCCGAUUACGAGUUUGCAACUUAUCACGGCCACCCCGAGCUACACACUCCGCCACACUACCGCACUCCACACUCCUACUGUAUAUUUGAUGAUAUUUCGGAGAGCUAG